UUCUCUGUUGUUUUGUACGCAUUUUAUUAAAAACGUAAAAAUUAAUGAAAUUUCUACCUUUUAAACAAGAAAAUUGCUUUACAAAAUGUUAAGUUUACAAAAUUACGCCAGUUCUUCCGAAGGAGAACAUUCUGAUAAUGAGGAGAAACAAGAAAAUGAAAAGAAAGUGGAGAAUAAAGCUGAAGAAAUUCCUGAUUACUUAAAACCCAUAGAUCCUAAAUUGUCAGUGGUAAAAACUUUAGCUGUCUGUGCUGCACCCGAGGUAGUACCAUUGGGUGCAGUGGCUGUGCAACGUACCAUAGAUCCUACGGUCAAAGAAAUUGAAUACAAUCCCAAAUAUGAAGAGCUAUAUGCUCCGGUAAAAGGACCUGAAAAUCCCGAUUUAACGGAGCAGAUGAGAGCACCACGUAAUACUCUGGCGGGUUAUGUGGAAAAGGCCCAUAUUAAUGCAUUUGAAUUUGAAAAUCAACGCAGAACAUUUCACACUUAUGGCUAUGCUUUGGACCCAUCCGUAGAUGAAACAGCCGAUGGUUCGUCAUUUGUGGGAGAUUUACAAUCGGCGUAUGAUGAUGAAGGCAAAACGGUAUUUGAAGGACCAAAGCCGAAAAAGAAGCGAAAACAAGAGAAAAAUGAUAAACCUGACGAUAUAGAAGGAUUCUUGGGACCUUGGGGCCGUUAUGAAAAUGAACAAACUGUAGCCAAGCCUAAUGAGCAAGAAAAAGCAGAACUGGAUGAAAUAUUAGCUAAAAGGCAUAGAAGAGGACGCAUACCAGAAGACAAGCCUUUGGAAGAAAAAUCUAUUUUGCACAUCAAAGAUGCCUACGAUUACCAAGGACGUUCCUAUCUACAUGCUCCCCACGAUUUGGGUGUUAAUUUGCGUACAAAUGCUCCACCACCAAAAUGUUUCCUACCCAAGGCUCAUAUACACACCUGGACUGGUCAUACUAAGGGUAUUUCUGCUAUACGCUGGUUUCCACAAACUGCCCACUUACUUUUAUCCGGCUCUAUGGAUUGUCGCGUUAAACUGUGGGAAGUCUAUGGUGAACGUCGUUGUAUACGAACUUUUAAUGGUCACCGACAAGCCAUCAAAGAUGUGGCAUGGAAUAAUAAGGGUACAAAAUUCCUAUCGGCUUCCUAUGAUCGUUAUAUUAAGUUGUGGGAUGCAGAAACUGGUGAAGUUGUUUCUAGAUUUACCGCUCGUAAAAUGCCAUUCUGUGUUAAAUUUCAUCCGGAUAAUAAUAAGCAGCAUUUGUUUGUGGCCGGUACAUCGGAUAAGAAAAUUAUUUGUUGGGACACACGCAGUGGCGAUAUUGUGCAAGAAUACGAUCGUCAUUUAGGCGCUGUCAACACCAUUACUUUCGUUGAUGAAAAUCGUCGUUUCGUAACUACCUCAGAUGAUAAAUCGAUGCGUAUAUGGGAAUGGGAUAUACCGGUCGAUAUGAAAUAUAUUGCAGAUCCUACUAUGCACUCAAUGCCAGCCGUAACAUUAGCACCCAAUGGCAAAUGGUUGGCCUGUCAAUCGCUAGACAAUAAAGUUGUUAUAUUCUCGGCUUUAAAUAGAUUUAAAAUGAAUCGUAAAAAAUCCUUUAGUGGACAUAUGGUGUCGGGUUAUGCAUGUCAGUUGGACUUUUCACCCGAUAUGUCAUAUUUGGUGUCAGGAGAUGGUGAUGGUAAAUGUUAUAUAUGGGAUUGGAAAACAACGAAAAUGUAUAAAAAAUGGCAAGCUCAUGAAGGUGUAUGUAUUAGUACACUAUGGCAUCCGCAUGAGGCUAGUAAAGUGGCUACAGCUGGUUGGGAUGGUUUAAUCAAGUUUUGGGAUUAAUGGUUUAGUAAAUAAAGAAAUUCAUCAUCAUUAUUAUUAUUAUUUUUUUAUAUAUAAUAGAUUUUUAGUUUUAAGUUCUUAAACGAAAAUGAAAAAAAUAAUAAUAAAGAAAUAAUUAAAUGU